AUGCCUUCUUUUUUUACCCCGUCAUCCAAAGCUUCAGCACCUUCUUAUGAAGCCUUGAGUAGUGACGAUAAUAGUUACCCUUCUUCCGGACCUGCAGCUGAGAUACCACCACCUCCACCUUAUACGAGCUACGCAGCACCACCACCACAACAACAACAACUACCACCACAACAACCACACCAAUACCAGUAUGCACCUCCAUCACCCCCAUUGCGACCAACAACAGUACCACCCGUAACAGCGUAUGGUGCUGUACCAGGCCCCACGCUAAAUAACUUGAUAUCACUCCGAGACGAGCCUGGUUUUGUACAAUGCCCUCAUUGUGGUCACCAUGUCGAAACAGUAACCGAGCAUCAGAAUGGCAGUGCAUCUGUAUUUAGUGCCGUUGUCCUCUUUCUUUUUGGGUGUCAUUCGGGUGGUUGUCUCAUUCCGUUUUGUCUUCCAAUGUGCCAAGACGUGGCCCAUGCUUGUCCCGCUUGUCAAAUGCCUAUUGCCACCUUUUCACGGCUUUCUCAGCAUGCGGUUUUAGAAUGA